ACGUCCGAUAGCAAGGAAAACAAACCGGAUUCUAGCGCGGCGCUUACUGAAACGUCUGAUUUCAUUGUUGGGAGUCGGGAAAUUCACCUAAUUAGUAUAGUUGACGUCGAUCUUCUUCUAAAGUUAUCACCCAACGGUCUGAAUAAUCCGCAAUGGAGAAGGCUAUACACACUUCAAGUGCCAGGCCAUGCCGGUCGACUUGUCUUUGGGCUUCUGUCUGGCAAGGAGGUGGUCUGCAUGCAGGGACGAUUCCACACCUAUGAGGGCUACCCCAUCUCAACCUGCGCGAUGCCCGUGCGCGUGUUUCACCUCAUGGGGGCUCACACGCUCAUCGUGACUAACGCGUCCGGCGGCCUCAACCCGGCCUUCAACGUCGGUGACAUCAUGAUCAUCAAGGACCAGCUGUACUUCCCCGGGUUCGCCGGUGACAACCCCCUACGCGGGAUCAACGAUGAGAGGUUCGGACCGCGCUUCAUCGCCAUGAGCAACGCGUACGACGCGAAGAUGAGGAAGCUGACGCACCAGGCCGCCAAGGAGCUGGGUCACGAGAAGUUCAUGCGCGAGGGCGUCUACUGCAUGCUGGGAGGUCCGUCGUUUGAGACGAUCGCCGAGGCGAGGAUGCUGCGUCUGCUGGGCGGCGACGCUUGUGGCAUGAGUACGUGUCACGAGGUGAUUGUUGCACGGCACUGCGGCAUGCGCGUGCUCGGCAUCUCGCUUAUCACCAACAUGGUCGUCAUGGACUACGACGAGGUGCGGCUCGCCAACCACGAGGAGGUGCUGGAGACGGGCCGCAAGCGCGGACGCGACAUGCAGAGUCUCGUGCUGAACACCGUGCAGCAAAUAGAGGACCCGGAAGACGACGACGAACUCAGCGCCGCCGUGUAGGAGGGGGAGGAACCCGCGGGGGCGGGGAGGAGGGGGAGGCAGAAGCCAGAGAGAGUGGCUAUAAGAGCUGUAGCUGAUGUGUAGGAUGCUCAUAAGAAGAAGAUAAGAGAAAUAUUCAAAGAGACGAAUAGAGAAUGAAAUAAUUUUAAGCAAAAAAAAACGAAAAACGAAAUCUUACGAAAAAGAAGGAAAUCUAAGAACCUUCAUCUAUUAACUCAGGCUGGCAAAGGUUCUUGCUAGUGGACGGAAUAUAGUGAGUACGUACGUGCUUGAACUCCACAAGUGAAACCAGCCAUAGUCUAAACGAUCUCAGUGUUGCUUGUGUUUGCUUUUCGAUGGCUAGAUGGAAGUCUUCAGUGUGUUCAAACAUAUCCAGCGUGUGUGCCAGUCAGUGUUUACAUGGCGUGCGUGUGUGCGCAGUCAUGUACAGGUUUUAGGGUUGGAAAUCCUUUGUUAACUAUCUCGUAUCACUCGCACUGAAAUAUAAUAUACGUGAAUUUUCGACGAAUGUGAGCAUUUUAAACGUCCGAUCAGGUGUGCUACGAGCCUGCUUACUGUUCUCGUUAGAAGAAACGCAUCACGAACUAACUAACGUAUCCAGAAAGUAAACAAAAAGCACCCGUACUGUGCACGUUAAAUGCUACGCAUGUGGUUUUACUCUGGUGAACGUUGGUUACUGUGAGUUUGUGCAAUGCUAACACACGAUCGGGAGUUCCCUCAUCGAAGUCAUUCAAGAAAUGUAUUUCAUUACACAUUCAAACCACCUCACCUGUAAAUGAUGAAUGGAACAUACAGUACGUAAAAGAGAUGAAAAUAUUUUUGUGAGAUCGGCACGUUUUCUUAUUUAAGGGCACAAGUUAAUUUAGCGAAUUUAUCGUGAAAAAUUAGCACGUGCCGUUUGAUGCUGCAACGCACUAUGGAGAAUAAAUAUUGGAAAGGCAUUGAACACUGUCCUCUUGCUAUGUAAUGGGCCAAUUAUGAAUACGAGUUAUUUGUUAAAACUGUUGCGGGUCGAUCGUUGUUACGUAGUGAGUAUAGACAGACUGUGGCGUUGAACUGCUGCUUGCUAUCAUUUCUAAUAUACAUGAUAUAUGUCUUCAUGUACACAGUGCAUGAUUCCAUCAAUGCUUGAGGUAAAUGGUGGCCAUUUUCUCGUUGUACGGCCAAGCUUGCAUUCUCGUGCUAUAAUUAUUUGUGAAAAUUAGCAAUAACCAGAUGUUGUGAGUGACGCUUGUGCACGUGCACACACAUUCUUGCACGGUGCGCCAGUAGUGGUUCCAUUAUCGGUGCUAGUAGUGUGGUGGCCAACAUUAUACAGAUAUUAGCAUAAUACAAUACUUUUAGUUGUAUAUGUUAUUAGUGUGUAAAGGAUUCUAAUGGAAUUUCCUCAAUUUUUCAUUUGUAAAUGUUAUACGUAAGAAAUUGUCGCUUUCUAUGGGAUGGCUUGCAGCAUAGUUCUAAAUUCAACCGUGCAAACUAUAGCAGCAGCAGAACAAUUAGCAGUUGUAAGCAAUGUAAUUGUCCGUGUUUUUGCAUCAAAUUCAUGAGCUCUACCUAUCCGUUUGCUCUGUCACCUGAAAGGGAGGCCACACAGGUGGAGAGGGCUACACAGUUUAUCGUUUUGAAUAUGUGACUGUCCGGUUAUAGCAUAAUAUUCAACGUUUAGUUGUACAUUUCAUUAGUAAAUCACUAAUAUCUUAUUUAAUUAUACUAUAGAAUUUAAGUAUUUAAUUAUAAUUAUCUAUCAAUGUAAUAAGCACUGCACAACUCUAAACAUUACCAACAAUAUAUAAUGCAUUUCUCUGUUAA